GCGACGUGCAAUGACCAACCUCGUGCGCUGCUGAUAUGGACUUCUGGUAGCUUUCGUAUCCACUGUUCCUGCCUCCCAACACGAUCCUUCCUCAUCCUAUACCGUCGAUGAGUGGCUCACAGAGAUAUCACCCGGACAGUCGGCGGCCUGGCUAUCGCGCUCCUGCUUACGAUGAGAAAUAUGGCAGUGGCGUGAACACGCCUUCCGAGUAUGAGCCUAUGCACAAAGCGGCCGCACAAAGAGCACCUCACUUGUAUGCUCAGCCCUUGCGGACUCCGAUCAGACAACAACGAAGCAGACCGUGGUACAAGAGACCGAAGCCCGUCUUUUGGACCUUUAUCUUACUAGCGGUGCUGGGUUUGGGUGUUGGUUUGGGGGUCCAUUUCGGCCUACGGUCAAGAGGUUCCGACAAUGGUGACCUCGACUUCCCGUCGAUGAAUCUCGCAUCUGAUCAAGCUGGUAUGGAGACUGUUGGCUCCUUUGUCACCGGAUCCGGUACAAGCUAUGGCAGUGGCAAGCUGUCCACCGUCUUCUCAUGGUCUUCUGGAGGCUUCGAUCUCGGCGCAACAGGCGCUGGCACGGAUGGUGUCGACCUACUCAUCGACACUACAGCCGUUCAACAGCCCAUGGACGGCUUUGGUGCGAGCUUCACCGACUCGUCUUGCUCGCUGCUCCACACUCUGAAACUCAAGAAUGAGACGCACUACAAUCAGACCAUGGACUACUUCACCAGUGCCCGAACCGGCAUGUCCGUCUUCCGAGUGCCCAUUGCCGCAAGUGAUUAUUCUGCUCAAGGCGAAUACUCGUACGCAGAUACCAAUGCAACAAAGGCCGCAAUCAAUGCCGGCAACACUACCUCACUGCCGUCUCCCCUAGCCGAUUUCAACGUCGACAAGGCAGAGGCAUACGUCUUUCCUGUCCUCCGAGAUGCGCUGGCACGCAGACCUGAUGCCAAGAUCUGGCUCUCGCCAUGGUCUCCUCCGGCUUGGAUGAAGACUACCAAUUCCUUCAAUGGUGGUCAGCUGAUCUAUGGAUCGGAAGAGUUGUAUGCUCAAUACCUCUUCCUUACAGUACAGGCCUAUACAGCCCAAGGCAUCCGGCCGUAUGGUUUGACGAUGCAAAACGAGCCCACGGACGGCACAACAAGCUACCCGACCAAUUGGAUGAGCCCAGCAUCCUCUGCACUCGUUGCACGCGCUCUACGCACCUCUCUUGAUGAGCACGGAUUCGACGACGUGAAACUCUUUGCCAAUGACGACAACUACAUCGACUGGGCUUCGGCGGCUGAGGCUGUCCAGGCCGACCCAACGGCCUGGUCAGGCGUAGCGUGGCACGGCUAUAAUGGCAAUUACACGAGCAUUGGCGACUUCAACACCUCCAUUGCCAAUGUCACAACGCCUAUGGAGCAACACCUAACGGAGAUCACUACAACUGACAACAGUAGGGAUCAAUGGUACUCGGCUCGAUUCUGGCUGACAAACUUCUACUUUGGACCCAUCAAUAUGGGCGUGCGCAGCGUCAUCACUUGGAACAUCGCGCUGGACAAGAAUGACUCCCCCCACAUCAGCUCUGCACCGUGCGAGGACUGCCUCGGUACCUUCACAAUCGACUCUCCCUCUGCGAACCUCAAUCCGCCCGUCCAAGCGAGCAAUGCACAAUUCAUCACAACGUACCACUUCUCUUCAGCCGUCGCCAACCUCACCAAUUUUGGUGGUGGACCAGCAUACAGAGUCUCGGCGGCUCCGACGGCCUCGGCAUCAAACUCGCUUCGGGGUUGCAUCGACUCUGUGAGCGCUUUCGCAGCUCCAUGGAAUGGUACGAGCUUGAGUGGCUCGAACAUGAAGCGUGUUGGAUUGGUUGCGGUCAAUGAUUGCUCGAGUGGGGUCAAAGUGAGACUUGGCAUCGAUGACAGGCAGGGAACCUUUUCUUUCUCUCCUGGCAUCACCACGUUGAUCUUCAAUGUCUAAUCUCCUAUUGAUUUGUUGAUGGACCUGCACGCGCGCCUUGUAACUUGAUCUCCUUGUAUAUAUCGAAAUCUGUAGCAUUGGGAAUCGCAUCAUUGUAGUCACUUGAGCCCGAUUCCAGUGUGUGAGCAUUUACACA